UAAGCGGAUAACUCCUGUAUAAAAAACAAACAAUUAUAUAAAAAAAACAAAAAAAAACGUGUUAACGUUGCGAAAUAUUUGUUACCAUUUAAAAGCAAGUCACAGUUUUUCUUGCAAAAGUUGCGUUAAAUUUGAGAAAUUUAAAAUAUUUCAGAUUAACUAGUUAUUAACGUCAUUAAUAAAAACUUAAAUCUUAAAACAACCGUGAGGCAAUUACAUUCUUGCCAUCUCAAUAUAUUGCAGAACCCAAGUGUAAUAAAUGAAGACAUGUCGAAUUACGGUUAUAGUAGAAAUGGACCAGAUAAUUGGGAUCGAGCAGAUCAAAACCAAAGUCAUGACUAUGAUGGACCAGCUGGUAUGGAACCUGAUGGAAAUAUUGAGAGUAACUGGGAUGAAGUUGUCGACAAUUUCGAUGACAUGAAUCUGCGUGAAGAGCUUUUGAGAGGUAUAUAUGCAUAUGGUUUUGAGAAACCAUCAGCUAUUCAACAGAGGGCUAUUAUCCCUUGUAUCAAAGGACAUGAUGUAAUAAUCAUGCAGUAA